AUGGCCUUCAAUUUAGCCGACAUCUGGUCCUCUCAGCAACGUGGCGCCGCGAUUGUGGCCUACGCGAUGGCUCUGGUUGGGGGUCCGGUCUUAGAUCCAAUUGUAGGCGGUGUUAUUGUUGAUAGCUAUUUUGGGUGGAGAUGGACGGAGUAUAUCACAGGCAUUCUCCGGGUAUUGAUGCUAGCAUUGGGCGUUAUAUUCUUCGACGAGACGUAUCCCCCAGCCCUGCUGGUUCACGAGGCUCGCCGACUACAGAUCACAACCGGAAACGGGGCUCUACACGCCCACCAUAAAGAAAUCGAUUAUACGUUCGAGGACAUGACAGAUAAAUACUUAUUUCGACCAUUCCCUCUCUUGGUAACACCCAUUUGCUUCUGCGUCGCAUCCUACGCAUCAUUCGUGUAUUGA